AUGGGGAAGCAUAAGUUCAAGACGCGUUGUUAUUUAGAUAUAAAGAUUGAUUCGCAGCCAGUUGGUCGUAUAGUUUUCGAGUUGUUCAAUGAUAUCUGCCCAAAAGCUGCUGAGAAUUUUAAAAAGUUGUGUCAAGGUGUUUGUGGCCUAGGUCUGAAGACAGGGAAGCCGUUAACCUACCAAGGAAGCGUCUUCCAUCGAGUUAUAAAGGGUUUUAUGGUACAAGGUGGUGAUUUUCAGUAA